AAAAUUGAUGACGUAUUUCACAAGUGGUUGCGAUAGACGCUUUCAUUAUUUGAUUAUUUUUGCAAUAAACCGUGAUUUUGCGAGGAUUCAAAGAUGGAAGGUCUCUCACAAGAAAACAUGAUGGCGAAAGCCCAACAGAUCUGGACAAUGUUGGAUGACAUGUCAGAAAACAAUCCCCAGGCGUACCGAAAGUUUAUUGACAAACAGAAACAAGAGAGCAAAGAGUGGACAACACCUCCAGAGACACACAUGUGUGUCCAGACUGUGAUGUAUGAACCAACACGACAGAGGGUAUUCAUGAACUUCUGUGCCUGGCUGAGAGUUCAUGGACCGAAGGAUGACGAGGCCCCCAUUCCAGUUGUGGGGGGUCCCCUGCUCGAGGAUGAAGAUGACGAUGGAAUCUACUCGGUAGUAUCUCUUGGCUUCAACCCAAAAGUGCUUGAAGAAUUCGGCCGCGAUUCAAAAAAUCCUGAAGAACUGAAAGCGAUGGUGAAUCUCGCGAUUUCAUUCGUGCAAGACGCGCAUAAAGUUCAACUCUCCAGGAGCUAUACGAUUUUGAAACGCAGCAUACAAUGUAAAGGAUCCGAAGAACGCACUAUAAAAUCCCUGAAAUCAGUCUUCAAUAAAGGGGAUUCAGAAACAGAAAAGCAGAUUGAUGAUUUGAAAAAAAGUUUUGCUCCGAUGCAAGCAAUGGCUUCGGAAGACGUUAUCGGCAAUGUCAAAAACUCAAACGGUGUUACUCCAAAUAUGGAUAUUCCAAUUCUUACCAAACCUGGGGCAUCGUUUGAACAACCAGAUCCUGCCAUUCGAAUAUCUGCAGAUUCAAAGCCUGCGAAGCCUGGCUUGAUUCAGGAGAUCUCAGACUCGAAAGUUGUCCUUCCGAAACCGGAAUAUUCUGUCGUUGUGAAAGAUGUGGAGGGUGACAGGCCAAGAUGUAUUGUUUUCAGACUUGAACUUCCGGGUGUUACUUCCGUCAGGGACUGUGACUUGGACAUAUCUGAGGACGAUUUGACCCUCUGCGUCACAAACAAGUAUGAGAUCUGCCUCCAGUUUCCCGAAAAAGUUCUCGACGAUAAAGCGUCUGCUAAAUUCAGCACCAAGUCAUCUUGUUUAACUCUGACUAUGCCAACAGUAAAGAAGAGCUAGCCUUUGACAGAGAAACAAACAUUACAGUAGAACCUCCCUUAGCGGACACCUCUCUAUUAAGGACAACCUCUCUAUUAAGGACACUAGUUUUGGUCCCAAAUUGGUUCUUUCCAUUCAAUUUGACCUCUCUAAUCAGGACACCUCUCUAUUAAGGACAACACUUGUCAGUCCCGAGGGUGUCCUUAGUAGAGAGGUUCUACUGUACUUUCGUAUCCCAAAAGUGUCUGCGAUAGGGUUUUUGGAGAACUUUAACCAAACAAUAUUUGUGCCUACAGUAUUCAUGAGUAGAACCUCUCUGACAAGUACUGUCCUUAGUGGAGAGGUGUCCCGAUAAGAGUGGUCAAAUGAACGAAAACAACCGAUUUGGGCCAAAAUCGAGUGUCCUUAUUUCCUUUUUUAUCUGCCGUCCAGUUUGCGCAUGCCAGAAUUCGUUGACAGUUGUUUUCAUUUUCUACCAUUUAAGGAGCUUUGUUCAGAUUUUACUGAGAUCUAUUGCAAAACAACAACCGUCCAGAUUCUAUUUUAUGAAAAGUGGAUUCCAUCCAAUGUUGCACUUUUAAU